GAGCAGCAGCUGAGGGUAAUCGUUCCUAGUCCUGUGGUCUUGCGGAAAAGGACGGUCUUGGUCACCAUUGCCAGGGGAACCGAAUACUGUCUCUGUGAAACUAUGAAAGGACGGAGUCCGUUCUAUCACUUGCGCACACGAUUUUUCUCAUUCUCCCCUCACGAUCGCUCAUCCACGGUUCCCACUUAGUAAUACACUCUAUCUCUCAUUCGCCGCUCCUCGGUUCGUCCCAAAAUACCAGGAUCAGAAGUACGGAGAGUAGGUAUACAGCAGGUACGGCAUAGGUACCUCUGCUACGGAGUAGCCUUACUAUACGAACAACUAUACCUACAAUAUAGCUCUUUUUUAACACUGGAUUAGGAAAACAAGGAAGUCGUGGCAUUGCUCUGAUCUACGUUGCUUUUGAUCGGCGUUGCUUCAGCUUCUGUUUCUAACCGGCCCGGCGUGGUGGACGUGUUUCCCCAUGAUCAAGUUAGCAAUGCUAUCUAUCAUCGAUAGGUAGCAUGAUGAUACCAAUCAUGGACAACCCAUCAUCGUCAUCGGAGCCAUGGGAUGAUGGCCUUCACGCUGAGGCCAGCCUUCGCUUCCCGAAGCAGGUUAGCGACGAUGCUACUAUCGCCGACGCAGCCACCACUGCUGCUUCUCCUGCUGCCGCCGCCGCCGCCACCGCUGGUGGCAUGGGUGUGGGCAUGGGCGUGGGCGUGGGCCUUGUGAGGGGGCAAGGGGAUGAUCCAAUAAUGAUGGACUGCAUUCCAAGCUCUGGGGCAGCUUCCCGGGCGGCAGAACAAUCACCGGCGGUGGGCCAUGCAGCAUGUUCGGAUCCCAGCCCUGCAGAUUCGGGGUCUAGCCCGGCAGGUUCGAGGUCUAGCCCGGCAGGUUCGGGACCCAGUCCUGCUGGUUCGGGCUCGAGCCCUGCAGCGUCUUUGGCAUCUCACGCGGCGGGUCCGGUCUGUGUGGGGGGAGAUGUGGCACCCCCCGCAGUGGAAGAUAAAUUAGAGGAAGGCCCAUCGGACGCCGUAAUACCGAUGCAGCUCUCCCGGUCUUAUAAUUCGUCUUCGGCAUUACACGCUGCAGGUCCGGCCUGUAUGGGCGAUGCAGCCACAGCAAUGGCAGAUUUGGUGUCGGAAGGCCCGUCUCGUAACCACGCGCCACGGCACUACAAGUCCCAGAGAUCAGCAGGGAAACUAACGGCGCACAGAGCCAAGUACCUCGCGCGCUCCAGAACCGAAGGGGUAACCCCGUCACUGCCGCUACAGCUGCUGCCACUACAGCUGCUUCUGCUGCUACAGCUGCUGCCACCACCACUGCCACCCCUGGACUCGGCAUGACGGAACCUGCUGCCAGUGAGGACUACAGGCGUCCCAUUUUCCCCUGCUCGGUUUUUGAGGCGCCUCAAAAACCCAUCAUCUUCCCCAGCUCGGCUUCUGCUGGAGAGGUGUUAGACUGCCGCGUGCUAUCCCCACGAUCCGUACCCGCCCUCCUCUCCCUUCCCUCCUCUCCCAAACCAUCAACUCACAGCGCACCUGCUGCCAUUACUGUUGCUGCUGAUGCUGCUGCUGCCGAUGCUGCUGAAGUUGCUGAUUCUGCUGCUGCUCCUGACGCUGCCGCUGCUGCUCAUGAUGAUGAUGCUGCCGAAGCUGCUGCUGCUGCAGCUGCUCCUGCUGAUGCGGCUGCUGCUGACGCUGCUGCUACUAAUGCUGCUGACGCUGUUGCUGCUGCUGAUGCUUCUGCUGCUCCCGCUGUUGCUACCACCGCUGCCACAACAGCUACCAAGGUAGAACCUCCCCUGUCUGGCCCUAACAAUUCCCAGGCUCCGCCGAAGCUCCGGGUCUUCCGACCCCGAACCUGUAAGCGAAGUCUGGAGACCUCUGUUGCCCAGAACGGUGCUGGCGGCGGCAAUAGCAGCAACAUCGGGUGGCAGACCGGCAGCAGGCGUGAGGGUGGCAAUGGGCGACAAAGCGGGCGGCGGAGAGGCAGAAGUGGAUACAUCGGGCGGCGGAAUUACCAGUGGCUUCCUGUUGACUUGCCGGACGAUGGGUACGACUGGAGCAAGUAUGGACAAAAGCCUCUACUCGUCGAUACCUGCUGUAUCCGCUCCUAUUACCGUUGCUUUUCCGGGGAUCCGCAUCAGGCCUCUACCCACCCGGACCAAGAACCAUGCCCAGCCAAGAAACUGGUAGACUGGAGAAUCACACCGGGUGUUCUGAGCGCCGCCGCAGCAGCAGCAGCAGCAGCAGCAGCAGCAGCAGCAGCCCAAGCGUCCACUGGCGGACGGCUGGAAGUGGGAGAAGCGACUGAGGCUAGGCUAGCUUCAGCCUCUACUUUCGCUCCCUCCUUGAAUUUCAAUAUUUAUGCCUCUGAAAUUGAUCCCAUGGUUCCCAUAACCCCAAUCAUAACCUAUGUUGACGAACAUAACCAUGAGGCUCCUAACCCCCCAAACUCCCGCCCACCCACCUUGCAGCGCCUGCACAUCCCACUUAGACGCCUCCCUGCAUCCGUUACAGGCAUGUUCCACCCUGAAGGUGCUAGAGGUGCUACGCCCCAACCUGAUACGGUCUCAACUUUGCCUGAGAGAUCUCCUGUGGGGCCUUGUGAUUUAAAGAGGGCGGCCAGGCAGUGCGAGGCUCCUGUUACAGGCGGAUCAGUGCAGCAACCAGCAGCAUCUGAGCCAGCAGAAGCACUCCCGACUGCUGCCAUUCCACCAGACAGCAGCAGCGCCGACAGGUUUGGUGUUGGUGGUGGUGGAGGUGAUGGGCAUGGCCCUUCCCACACUUUCAAGCGUGUUUCGCUGUCAACCAACGCACUCCUUGCAGCCCACAGCACCAGCACCGCAUCUCUGACCGCUGCUAUCCCAGGGACAAGGCAGGCGGAGGAAGGGGGGUUCCUUGCUGCCCCCCCCACCACCACUGCAUCUGUCCUCCCAGCCCUUUUCCACGCCCAAGCUGCUGCCAUUGGUGGGUCAAGACAGGUGGGGGAAGGGGGGCAGCAGUUGGGUGGAGGAACAUUCGUGACGAAUCUGGAUUCGCAGAGGGAGGAGCAGCCGGUGCAGCAGCAGUGCGGGGUGGCAGGCAGUGAUGCUGGGGGAACAGGGUGUGGUGGAAUGGCGAUGGAAGGAAUGGUAACACCGCAUGUGGAGUCGCGGGAGCAGCAGUACCAGCAGCAGCAGCAGGCGUGUGGGUUGGCAUGGAGCAGUGCUGGUGGGUCAUCCGUGUGUGAUAUGGCAGUAGAAGGCAUGGUCGACCCAUUUGCGAGGUCGUGCCUCCAGCAGCAGCAGCAGCAGCAGCAGCAGCAGCAGCAGCAGCAGCAGCAGCAGCAGCAGCCGAUGCAGCAGCCAUGUGGGGUAACAUGGAGCAGGAGCAGUGCUGGGGGGACAUCCGGGUGUGGUAUGCCAGUGGACGGCAUGUCAGAGUCUGGUAUGACAAUGCAGAGCAUGCUGGGCUGUGAUAUGACAAUGCUAGGCAUGCCGGGGUGUGGUAUGGCGAUGCAAGGCAUGGCAUGUUCUGUUGAGCAGUCAUGGAAGUCACCUCAGGAGGAAGGUGCCACAGGGACAGCACAGCCAGGAGUGGGGAUGGGAGCUUGGGAGAGCUCUGAUUUUCAGUCAACUCAAAAGCAGGGGGGUGCUGCAGCAAACGCACUGCCAGGAGCCGAGGUGAGUGUUUGGGAGAGGGACAGAAGUGAGGUGUUAGUGGGAGCCGGGGUCGAGAAUCUGCCCUCUCUGCCUCUCUUGCAUCAGUACCUGGAGCAACAGCAGCACAGGCAGCAGCAGAUGCAGCCACACCAGCAGCAGUGGCAGUUGCCUCAGCCACCACAGCCACCACAGCAGCUGCAGCGGCUGCAGGAACUGCAAGCGCUGCAGGUUUUGCAAGUUCUGCAGGGGCAGGAGAGUUGGACGAGCUUUACCUUUGAGUCGACUCAAAUGCAGGGUCUGGCAGGUCUGACGAGCUUACCUUCCCCCCUUGCCUUCCCUCCUGCCAUGCCUUGCCCUGCCGUACCUGACCUUACCAUACCUGACCCUGCCAUGCUCAACUUUGCCAUACCUGACCCAGUCCCCCACAUCCUCAGCCAGGUCACGCCGUCCCCAGAUGCCCCUCUCCAAGCUACAGAUUCACACAUGCUAUCCUCCUUAUUAGCAGCCCCAGACGCUUUCAUCAGCAAUCUUCUAUCCCCCACCAAGGAUUCCCGAUCCACCUCCCCCCUGCCAUCCCCCCCCCAACAGCCUUCACCUGCUGCCACUGCCUCUCCCACCACUGCUUCUGCCCUUCCUAAUUGUGUGUCCCUCUCGCACAGCCUCCCCUGCCCUUCUACCUCUCCUCUUCGAUCCAUACCCCAACAGCCUUCAUCCCCUCUUACCACUGCUCCUGCCCUUCCAUCUAUCCCCCUCUCGCACAGCCUUUCGUGUCCCUCCACCACCAACUGCCUCUCUCCAAGAGUCUCCUUUCGUUCCAUCAGCCAUCCUGUAGCUUCAGGCCCCAGGGUCAACCAAAGCCCUAGCUCUGACGCGCCUCACACCUACAGCGGAACAGAGACUAUGAGAGUGCAAAGAGCACAGGAUCUGGGGGUCACAGAUGCUCCUUUGAGCUUGCUGCUGCAGGGACAACGGUGGCGGCGGCGGCAACAGCAGCAGCAGCAGCAGCAGCAGCAGCAGCAGCAGCAGCAGCACAGGCCAAAACAAUAACAACUGGAACGGCAGCAGCAGACGCAGCAGCAGCAGCAGCAGCAGCAGCAGCAUAGUCAGCAGCAGCAGCAGCAGUAUCAUCAGUAUCAAUGGGAUGUGUUUUGCCAUGCUGCUCCUCUCACACAGUUGAUGCUCCUUUCCAUGCAGGGUAUGCAUGAUAUGGGAUGCAAGGGAUGUGAAAAUAGAGUGCGAAAAGUUGAAUAGAAAGAGGGGAAGGGAGAUACAAGUAGAGCGUUAUCCCUUCUAAGAGCGGACCUAGCUAGGCUAUAUACCGUAAUCUCCCAGCAUGAUUACCCCCCGAAAAAGGGACCCUGGGUCUUUUUUCUGGACCACGGGUCUUAAUAUCGUAAAGGAAUUGUGAGGACCCGCUGUUUGGGGUAAAUCAUUCGAGGACCCCUGAUUUUCCUCAAGAGUGUAUUUGUACUCGUUUU